GUCGCAGUCUUGGCGCGUCCGUUGAAUUGAGCCGUUCGCUUCUUUUGCGCGUCGCGAUCUCUGGCAGUGCGCGCGUACUCGCAUGCAAGUUGUUGGUGCAAGUCAGGAGAAGUCCGAGCAAGUCCAGCAGUGGUGCAGUGUGUGCGCAAGAAGCUUUCCACAAUUGGUCAUUCCGCAUGUUCCCGUUGAGAUCAGCUGUCGGAGGGAACAAUGUGUAACGAGCUGCUUCCGGGGAUAACUUUAGCGAGCUGAGCUAGUCUUUCUGUCUACCUAUUUCAACUUUAGAGCCUCCUAGUUGAUCACUUCUACCUAGAUGCGUCUGUAAAUAGCUUAACAAAGCAAUCUUAGCCAAUCCAUAGUGUGCCAAAAUGUCAACCCUAUCACAUCCCUACAAAGACUGUCCGGAACCGAAGGAAGUUCCCACCGAGUACCGGAAGGACGUGGACGCGCUGUUUGAGUGGAUCAAGCAGCAGCCCCGGUUCCCGGCGUUCACCCUCAACCAUGCCCAUCUGUUCCUGCACGCGUGCCAUUGGGUCAUCGAGGACGCCAAGAAGGCCCUGCAGAAGUACGCACACAUCCACGCCACGGCGCCGGACAUUUUCGACAAUCGGGACAUCCUCUCGUCCGGGGUGCAGCUUGUGCUGAACAUGACCCACAUGGUUUCGCUGCCGAAAUUAACACCGGAAGGAUAUCGAUUAUUGUGUUACCGCCUGUCCGAAACCGAUCCGUCCCGGAUGAACUUUGCCGAGGCGGUCAAGACGUUCUGCAUGUUCAACGACGUCCAGAUCAGCAAGGACGGUCCGAUUGAGGGCUACAUCGUGGUGUUCGACAUGAAGGGAGUCCGGUUGGGUCAUCUGGCCCGGGUGCAGUUUGGCCCGCUGCGGACCUUCAUGAGCUACAUCCAGGACGCGCAUCCGGUGCGGCUGCGGAAGAUCUACAUCGUGCACACGGCCUCCUUCAUCAACCAGGUGAUGGCGCUGAUUAAGCCGCUGAUCCGGUCCGAACUGCUGGGGCUGCUGCAGUUUUGCUCGUCCGGACCGAUUGAUAUCCUGCCGGCGGAGCUGCUGCCCAAGGACUACGGUGGCCCACUUACGGAGCUGGCCGCCAUGCACGCGGAGCAGAAGAAGGAAAUCGAAACCGACUAUCGCGAGUGGCUGAUUGACUCUGGCAGCCUGAAGGAAGCGCCCAAAAACAGCACAACGUCCUCCUCGGGCUCCAGCUCGAUAAAACCACCGGUGAAGGGCUUCCGGGGGUUGGAGAUCGAUUGAUUAGUAGUGGGGGUAAUUUCGUACGAAAGGAUAAGAAAAUUUAAAAAUACACAUACAUAUCACCUACCUUUACUCUGGUGUCAAGACAGGAGAGGACAUCGUUACGAGGAGCGCGUGAUAGAUUAUGGAUCAUUUGGUUGAGGCAUAUUUUAGAAAUUUUAGUCGUAUAGCGUGUCAAAUAUUACAGAAAAAAUCCACAAGUUUGUAUGGAACUCUCCGUUGUUUAUUACAGCUAGUAAUUUAUUUUGUG